CAGAGCAUUUUGUAUUCGGAACAUCGAACAGAGUGAUACUAAAGAAAAUUCAACAAAAUAAUGAUUUCAAAAAUAAUUUUAAUGUUUAUGUGUUUGACGGCAAGCGCAACUCUGGCCCUGGAUUGGUGCGAUCCUGAACUCUGCCCGAAUGGUGAAAAACAUACAGCCUGCGGAAAUAAUGGAGCUUUCCACAAAAGAUGUGGAUCCGAUGUUAAGGUCAUCGACUUGCGCCCCUAUCGCCAACUGAUUCUAGACGAACACAAUAAACGAAGGAAUUUCAUUGCUCUCGGCCUAUUGCCGGGCUAUUAUCCAGCAGAACGCAUGGCCACGCUCCAGUGGGAUGACGAAUUGCAAUUCGUAGCCGAUCUGAAUGCCCGAACAUGUAUUGUCGAUCAUGAUGAUUGCCGUAACACCUAUCGUUUUCGAAAUGCGGGACAAAAUUUGGUGGGAAUUGCUCGGCACAAGGGUGAUGUACAGAACAUAACCGAAAUUCUCUUGGAGGAUAUCUGGUUGUGGUACACCGAAUUCAAAGUGAUUGAUAGCAGUUAUAUAACCAAGUUUAGAACUACCAGAAAUUUUGAAAAAUAUGGCCACUUUGCCCAGUUUGUUUUGGAUCGCAACACCCAUGUCGGUUGUUCCAUGGUACGCUUCACUCAUGCCGAAUAUAAAUUCCUCUACAAAUAUCAUUUAUCCUGCAACUAUGCCAGCGUCUAUGCUCUGGAGGUGCCCGUGUAUGCAGCCGGAAAACCGGCUUCAGGCUGUCAAACUGGUCCCAAUCCCAAAUAUCCAGGUCUGUGUUCAACAAAGGAGGCAUUUAAUCCCAAUUUUUAAUGGACCUGGUCAGUGUGUUCCAGUUGUUGUUUUUUUUUUUUUUUGCUUUCGCUUUUGUUAAAUAUAGUGCCAUUAUUGUUAUUUUUAUUGUUGUUGUAAAUUACAUUAAUUUAUCGCAA